UCGUACGGCAUUCGAUUAAUUGACGGCUAAUCCAACGGUUAAUAAUAAACUCUAGUUGUCACGUGUGAAACAAACAAACAAACACAGUUUAAUAGAUUUUAUUCUCUUCCGUAAGAGAAGAGAAAGAGAGAGAGAUGGGUAUAUCCGGUUCAAAGCGAGUCAAGACGAUACUAUCCAACUCGCCAGAGUUCGACUCGGCUUGUGACUCAGCAUACGAGGAGUCUCUAUCUCUCGCACAGCAUGCUUUCGCCGGAGUUCGUCCUUACCAGCUCCUCUCCGCCGGAGCUCACAUCCACCGGAAUCUUUCCUCUCUCCGGUUCCCUCUAACCACGAAGUGGGUCUCGUCUCCUCCGAGUCAAUCCCAAGUCGACUCAGCUCUCCGUGUCACCAUCUCUCGAGUUUCUGCGGCGGCGGAGGAUGAAGACGAUGAGAUCCUCCUCCGAUCAGAGGAGUUCAAGGAAUGGGCUUUGGAGGUUUUCACUGAAUCCGUUGUGGGAAACGCGAGGAAGACGAUAGCGAGUCGGAUACCAUUAGGAAUCAUCGGAAUCGCUGGGAUCGGAGCGGUGACUCGGUCGAGUCAAAACAUGAUCGGAGCAACCAUUGGUGUGUAUGCGAUCGGAGUUGCUACUUCGGUUUUUCUCAGCCUCUCUAAUUAAAGAAAAAAGAUUAGUACUUAAGUCUGGUUUUAAUAAAAGUUGGUGUAGAUUUUUAACAAUCAUAUAACAUCAUCCGUUUCAUUAACCAAACAAAAAAGUAUGAUUAUCAUCGGUUUGCUAGUAAUUUGUAAAUACCUUUUCACUGUUUUAAUCCAGUCCACAUGUAAACAGACAAUAAUGUUAUUACUAGUAAUUGUAAUUUGUAAAAUAUAUUGAACCUUAUUAAA